AACUCUUGCCGCCAUGAUAGCUCGCUCAGUUGUGAUUCCGUGUCUUUCUUUGCAAUAGCGCAUUUCUUCCCUCCUGUUGAUUUCCUUGUGAGGAUUUUCUUUCUAGCCCAGCGAAAAUAGUUAGUGAGGAGCUAGGUCUGUUGCAUCGCUCAACGCCCCAGCCAAGAUGGGAGUCCAAAAUUGUGGAACGGUACUGAAGUACCUGAUGGUGUUUUUCAACUUCUUGUUCUUCAUCCUGGGCAUUGUGGUGCUCGGCUUCGGCAUCUACGCGCGAAUCAAGCAGAGCGACUACAAUUCGGCGCUGGUCAUCAUUGACGCUGGCACGUCGCAGUGGGAGAGCUUCGGCUCGCUGUGCAUCGCCGUCGGCGUGUUCAUCGCCCUGCUGGGCGGAUCCGGCUGCAUCGGCGCUGGCAAAGAGCACCGCGGCUGCCUGAUUUUCUUCACCAUCUUGGUUGCUCUGAUCUUCAUUCUGGAAGUGGCCGCCGGCGGUCUUGGCUACCACUAUCGUGGAAAGCUCGACGAUAAGAUCAACAUGAACCUAAACAAGACACUGAAUGAGUACGUAGAUGACCAGAAGAUGCUCGUGAACGGCAGCAAGAUCAUCACCAGCUGGGACAAUGUCCAGCACACGUUCAAGUGCUGCGCUAUCCACGGGCCUACGGAUUACGGAAAUCGUGGCGGCACGACCCCGGCAUCGUGCUACGCGGACAAGGACACGAGCAAGACCUUGUACCAGCAGGGUUGCAAAGAGAAAGUCUUCGAUGCGUUCACCGACCACUGGAAGGAAUGGGCCGGUGCGGUUGUGGGUAUAGCCGUCGUUCAGCUCCUGGCCAUCGUCUUCGCCAUCCUGCUCAUCCGAGAGAUCGGCAAGGGCGACAGCUACACCGUCGUAUAACGAGCCAUCUCCGCUCGCUAGGAACGCCUUACGGCCAGGUCAGGGCUCGCUAAGCACGUUGCGGCUGCAGCUUUAGCUGAUGAAGGGGCUUGAUUUUGAACUUCUAGGAAAGGUUUGGCGUUUGGUGUCUGUGUGCCGUCAUGAGUUGCUUGUAUCGUGUACAUUUUUGCUGCGUGUGGGCAAUUAUACACGCAAGACUCUUGUGUAUCCAUUGAUACAGAUUGCCUGGUGUUUUGCUGGCAGUGUGUUGUGUUGGCUGAGUGCAUAUCCAGUAGGUCAGCUUCCUUCCACACAAUAGUACAGUCUGAGCAAGUCAAUCAGUAGUUACACGUUAGUAUGAUGUACAGUGUGAUUUGAAAGGCUGGCUAACAGUUUCCUGUUGAAUGCUAGAUCUAUCCUGGCCUGUAUCGUUUAUACUUCAGUUAUAGCGCUGUCUUUUGACUCUCUUUUUUUUUGUUAGCGUAGGAGAGUAAGCCAUGGCAUGUACAAAGUUUGAUAAUUUUACGCCAUUGCUGUAGUCUCUGUCGCAUUGCAUCGUGUUCUUUAUUCAAGCCGCUCCCCUGGGCGUUAGUUGCUAGUAGUGGCCAGAGGAGCUCGCGGGUUGUUCUCUGCCGCUCAAACACGACUGGUUUCUUUCUCGCACGGAUUUGCUAUUCCAUAAUGCUUUUGUGUGGUGUAUGUGUGUGCAUGUUUGCUUGCUUGAAUUUCCAGAAAAAUUUAACCUGUAUUUUAUGGUGCCGGCUGCCAACACAUAAUUGAACUUAUAUCUUCAUUUCUAUUUACCUUUGUGCAUUUUUUGCCAACGAUUAUCAUUAUCCUCGUUUCCCAUUUUCUCGUGUUUCCGUCCACAACGUAGUUUGUGAAUAAGGAAACUACUAAAACGGA